CCCCUCCCUCUCACCAUGCUGCAGAGCGGGGACGAGGUGGUGUAUUUCUCGGCGGCGUUUCUGCUGGUGAUGCUGGGGACGAGGAGCGCCGCGGGGGCCUCCCUCCUCACCGCAUUGCUCUACCUCUUCAUGGUGAUGUUCCGCUUCCCCCCGGUGCCGGCAGACCAGGCCGGCCGCGUGCUGCGGCCCAGGGCGCCUGCGGGCGGCGUCCCGGUGGUGGCGCACCGCGGAGGCAGCCACGACGCGCCGGAGAACACCGUGGCGGCGAUCAGAGAGGCCAGUAGGAACGGGGCAACCGGAGUGGAGCUGGACCUGAGUUUCACGGCUGACGGCGUGCCCGUACUGAUGCAUGACGAGACUGUUGACCGCACCACCAACGGCUCUGGACCAGUCAGCAAACUGCAAAUUGUCCAGCUAAGGAGAUUAAAUGCUGCUGCUCAUCACAGGCUGAAGGACAAGUUCAGUGGCGAGAAGGUCCCAACUCUGCAGGAGGCCGUGGAGGAAUGCAUCAGACACCAGCUCACCAUCUUCUUUGAUGUCAAUGGUCAACCUGAUAAGGCUGCAUCAGUGCUUCGCGAGAUGUACAGGAAGUUCCCUGUCCUCUACAAUUCCAGUAUUGUUUCCUCCUUUGAACCCAAAGUUAUCUACAAGAUGCGUCAGACUGACCCUAACGUGGUCACGGCCCUGACCCACCGGCCCUGGAGACUGAGCCGCUUCGGAGACGGCACCCCUCGGACCCAGUCGACGUGGGGUCAGCUCUGGACCAGGGUUCUCGACGUCCUGUUGGACUGGGCCCACCAUCACAUACUGUGGAAACUUUGUGGAGUCUCUGCCAUCCUCGUGCAGAAGGACUUCAUCUCGCUGGACUAUGUUCAGUUCUGGACAGAGCGAGGUGUGGAGGUGGUGGGCUGGACCGUUAACACUGCUGUGGAGAAGGACUACUACCAAAACCUGCUCAAGAUCGGCUACAUUACCGACAGUUUGCUGGAAGACUGUGAUCCUCCUUACUGAAUGAUCUCUCUCUCUCGCACACACACACACACACACAC